GCGUCCCCGAACGACACGUGAACGAAACUACGCAUGCGCGUGGUAUGUGUGUAGCAAUAACGAGGAAGUGUUUGAAACGAGAGAAACCUGCAACUGCGCGUAUUUGUGCUCAGGCUUUUCAGUGACAAUGGAUUGGAUUGGAUUUGGUUAUGCUGCAGCCAUCGUUUUUGGAGGAUUUAUGGGAUACAAAAGAAAAGCCAGCGUCAUGUCACUAAUGGCAGGUUUAGUUUUUGGUGGAUUAUCUGCUUAUGGGGCCUAUAACAUCUCCAAUGACCCAAAGGAUAUCCAGGUGUCGUUCCUUUCUGCAGGACUCCUCUCAGUUAUCAUGGGAAUGAGAUACAAGAAAUCAGGAAAAUUACUGCCUGCAGGCAUUAUGGCAGGAUUGAGUUUGUUGAUGGUGUUUCGUCUGUUGCUCCUGACCAUGAAGUGACGCAGAGGGCAACGCCGACUGACCUGACAACCCUCGAAAAUGUUGAUUGAACAGAUCUGGUUUUAAAGAAGACUUUAUCUCAGAGACCUUAGACAUAAAAAAAAAGAAGUCUGAGUUUCUUGUUUGUGAGCUCGUCUAUGAUUGUGCAUCUUCCGUCUUCAUUAAUUUUCAUGAAUAAUAAAAUCCCGGCAGAGGAAACAGAUCUGUGUCAACAUCUUGGGUGCUAAAAAUUUAAAACAAGCUUACAGAAUUAAAUCUACCAUCUUUGCUUCUCACUCAGAUUUAAAUAAAAGUGAUCAAGUUGGUGUGUUCCGGGGGAGAGGUAGCCUAGUGGUUACGGAGGUGGGCUUAAACCUAGAGGACCCGGGUGUACCGCUGUUUAGCAAGGACCUUACACACACCCUCUCCCCUCUGGCCACUGGAAAAAUGGGAGCUGCUGUUCUUUGUAUUAAAGUAGAGGAUUAAUUUGUGUUUUAUAAUAAAACUGACUAAUAAAGAUUAAUAAAAAAAAUGUUUUCAAAAUUUUUUAUGAAGAUAAAAUGAAAUAAACAUGAUUUUAUUUCUUUA